GAGGACCAGAAAGCCAUGAGAGGCAAUGUAGCGGUCUUCAAGUGCAUUAUCCCCUCCUCUGUGGAGGCAUACAUCACUGUUGUCUCUUGGGAGAAAGACACAGUCUCACUUGUCUCAGGAUCUAGAUUUCUCAUCACAUCCACGGGAGCCUUGUAUAUUGUAGAUGUACAGAAUGAAGAUGGAUUGUAUAACUACCGAUGUAUCACACGGCACAGAUACACUGGAGAAACAAGACAAAGCAACAGCGCAAGACUUUUUGUAUCAGACCCAGCAAACUCAGCACCGUCUAUUCUGGAUGGGUUUGACCAACGUAAAGCCAUGGCAGGACAGCGAGUGGAGCUGCCUUGCAAAGCAUCAGGGCACCCAGCACCAAAGUACCGUUGGCUGAAGGACAACGUUCCCUGGGAGCCAGAUAGCAGGUUUCGGCAGACAGUCACAGGUCUGCUGAUAGAGAACACACGUCCUUCGGACUCAGGCAACUACGUUUGUGAGGUGUGGAACAACUAUGGUACUGCUGAGGUGAUAGGGCAUCUACAUGUAAAACAGCCUCUGAAAGCCACAAUCAGUCCACGGAAAGUUAAAAGCAGUGUUGGUAGUCAAGUGUCCUUGUCCUGCAGUGUGACUGGAACUGAGGACCAAGAACUCUCCUGGUACCGAAAUGGUGAAAUCAUCAACCCUGGAAACAACGUGAGGAUCAUGGGGAUCAACCAUGAGAAUCUCAUUAUGGAUCGCAUGGCCAAAAGUGAUGGUGGAGCGUACCAGUGCUUUGUACGCAAGGACAAGAUGUCUGCUCAAGACUAUGUUCAGGUGGUGCUAGAAGAUGGAACUCCCAAAAUCAUUUCUGCCUUCAGUGAGAAAGUGGUGAGUCCAGGAGAACCUGUCUCCCUUAUGUGCAAUGUGAAGGGGACUCCUCUGCCUACAAUCACCUGGACACUAGAUGAAGAUCCCAUAAUCAAAGAUGGUAAUCACCGUAUCAGCCAGAUUAUCACCUCUGAGGGCAACGUAGUCAGCUACCUGAAUAUCUCUAACACUCAAGUUCGAGACGGGGGAGUCUAUCGCUGUACUGCCAACAACUCUGCUGGAGUCAUCCUGUACCAGGCUCGAAUAAACGUAAGAGGGCCAGCAAGCAUCCGUCCAAUGAAAAAUAUCACAGCAAUAGCAGGACGGGACACCUAUAUACAUUGCCGUGUGAUUGGCUAUCCAUAUUACUCCAUUAAAUGGUACAAGAACUCAGACCUGCUUCCUUUUAACCAUCGCCAAGUAGCAUUCGAAAACAAUGGAACGCUGAAACUCUCAGAUGUGCAGAAGGAAGUGGAUGAGGGGGAAUAUACAUGCAAUGUUCUGGUUCAACCCCAGCUGUCUACAAGCCAGAGUGUACAUGUGACUGUAAAAGUUCCACCUUUCAUCCAGCCUUUUGAGUUUCCAAGGUUCUCCAUUGGACAGCGAGUCUUCGUUCCAUGUGUUGUGGUCUCAGGGGAUUUGCCAAUCACAAUCACCUGGCAGAAGGAUGGCAGGCCGAUCCCAGCCAGUCUUGGAGUAACUAUUGACAACAUUGACUUCACCAGCUCCUUAAGGAUUUUUAAUCUUUCACUGAUGCACAAUGGGAAUUAUACCUGUAUAGCUAGAAAUGACGCUGCAGCUGUGGAGCGCCAAAGCCAAUUAAUUGUGAGAGUUCCCCCUAGAUUUGUGGUUCAACCAAGUGAUCAAGAUGGGAUUUAUGGUAAAGCUGUAAUCCUCAAUUGUUCUGCAGAGGGUUAUCCUGUACCCACCAUUGUCUGGAAGUACUCAAAAGGUGCUGGGGUCCCCCAGUUCCAGCCCAUUGCCUUGAAUGGCCGUAUCCAGCUUCUCACAAAUGGCUCCUUGUUGAUUAAACAUGUGCUGGAGGAAGACAGUGGAUACUACCUCUGCAAGGUCAGCAAUGAUGUGGGCGCAGACGUCAGCAAGUCCAUGUACCUCACUGUUAAAAUUCCUGCUAUGAUCACUUCCUAUCCAAACACCACUUUGGCAACACAGGGUCAAAAGAAGGAGAUGAGCUGCACAGCACAUGGAGAGAAACCCAUCAUAGUCCGCUGGGAGAAAGAGGAUCGAAUCAUUAACCCUGAAAUGUCCCGCUAUCUUGUUUCCACCAAGGAAGUGGGUGAUGAAGUCAUCUCUACCCUGCAGAUUUUGCCAACUGUGCGUGAAGAUUCUGGCUUCUUUUCCUGCCACGCUAUCAAUUCUUAUGGGGAGGACCGUGGAAUAAUUCAGCUCACUGUGCAAGAGCCACCAGAUCCUCCUGAAAUAGAAAUCCGAGAGGUGAGAGCACGCAGCAUUGCCCUCAGAUGGACCAUGGGAUUUGAUGGAAAUAGCCCGAUCACAGGCUACGAUAUUGAAUGCAAGAACAAGUCUGACUCCUGGGAUUCUGUUCAGCGAACCAAAGACGUCUCUCCUCAGCUGAACCAGGCCACUAUCAUUGACCUCCACCCUUCCUCCACCUACAACAUCCGCAUGUAUGCCAAAAACCGCAUUGGCAAGAGCGAAGCAAGCAAUGAGCUCACUAUCACUACGGAUGAAGCAGCUCCUGAUGGCCCACCUCAGGAAGUUCAGCUUGAGCCUGUAUCUUCACAAAGCAUUCGGGUCACUUGGAAAGCUCCAAAGAAGCACUUGCAAAAUGGAAUUAUUCGUGGAUACCAGAUAGGCUACCGGGAGUACAGUGCAGGGGGCAAUUUCCAGUUCAACAUCAUCAGUAUUGACACCACUGGAGAUAGUGAAGUUUAUACCCUGGAUAACCUGAAGAAAUUCACCCAGUAUGGCAUGGUAGUACAGGCAUGUAACCGGGCUGGAAUAGGACCUUCUUCUCAGGAAAUCAUCACCACUACCCUAGAGGAUGUGCCCAGUUGCCCUCCAGGGAAUGUCCAAGCCACUGCUACAUCACCAGAAACUAUCUCCAUUUCCUGGUCUACACUUCCCAAAGAAGCCCUGAAUGGGAUUCUACAGGGAUUCAGAGUUAUUUACUGGGCUAAUCUCUUGGAUGGAGAGCUGGGAGAGAUUAAAAAUGUCACUACUACACAGCCCUCACUAGAGCUUGAUGGGCUGGAAAAAUAUACCAACUACAGCAUCCAGGUGUUGGCAUUCACACGAGCUGGAGAUGGAGUCAGGAGUGAACAAAUUUUCACCCGCACUAAAGAGGAUGUUCCAGGUCCUCCUGCUGGAGUUAAAGCUGCUGCAGCAUCACCAUCCACAGUAUUUGUGUCCUGGCUCCCCCCAUUUAAGUUAAAUGGUGUCAUCCGAAAGUACACAGUGUUCUGCUCACACCCCUAUCCCACAGUAAUCAGCGAGUUUGAAGCCUCUCCUGACUCAUUUUCCUACAGAAUCCCCAACUUGAGUCGGAAUCGACAAUACAGUGUCUGGGUGGUGGCUGUCACUGCUGCAGGAAGAGGCAACAGCAGCGAAAUUAUCACCGUGGAACCAUUGGCUAAAGCUCCAGCCAGAAUUCUGACAUUCAGUGGCACAGUAACGACCCCUUGGAUGAAGGAUAUCAUCCUUCCUUGCAAGGCCGUUGGGGACCCAUCUCCUACAGUCAAAUGGAUGAAGGAUAGUAACGGGACACCCAGUCUAGUGAUGAUUGAUGGGCGAAGAAGCAUCUUUAGCAAUGGCAGCUUUGUUAUCCGUACUGUGAAAGCAGAGGAUUCUGGAUAUUACAGCUGUGUGGCCAGUAACAACUGGGGAUCUGAUGAAAUUAUUUUGAAUUUGCAGGUGCAAGUGCCACCAGACCAGCCAAGACUUACUGUGUCCAAAACCACAUCUUCUUCUAUCACUCUUUCCUGGAUACCUGGAGACAAUGGUGGUAGUUCUAUCCGAGGUUACAUACUGCAGUACUCUGAAGAUAAUAGUGAGCAGUGGGGUAGUUUUCCCAUUAGCCCUAGUGAACGGUCCUACCGUUUAGAGACCUUGAAAUGUGGUACCUGGUACAAGUUCACACUAACUGCUCAAAAUGGAGUGGGACCAGGACGCAUCAGUGAGAUCAUAGAGGCCAAAACACUUGGAAAAGAGCCACAGUUUUCCAAAGAACAAGAACUCUUUGCCAGUAUUAACACCACUCGAGUGCGCUUGAACCUUAUUGGCUGGAAUGAUGGUGGUUGUCCAAUCACCUCCUUUACUCUGGAGUACCGGCCAUUUCGGACCACAGUAUGGACAACGGCUCAGCGGACGUCACUUUCUAAGUCCUACAUACUAUAUGACCUCCAGGAAGCAACUUGGUAUGAACUGCAAAUGAGAGUGUGCAACAGUGCAGGCUGUGCAGAGAAACAGGCCAAAUUUGCCACACUCAACUAUGAUGGCAGUACAAUCCCUCCACUCAUUAAAUCAGUUGUCCAAAGUGAGGAAGGUCUGGCGACCAACGAAGGGCUAAAGAUGCUGGUGACCAUUUCCUGUAUCUUGGUGGGGGUCUUGCUGCUUUUUGUGCUUCUGCUGAUUGUGCGAAGGAGGAGGAGGGAGCAGAGACUGAAGAGACUCAGAGAUGCAAAGAGUUUGGCUGAAAUGCUUAUGAGUAAGAACACCAGGACCUCAGAUACACUUAACAAGCAGCAGCAGACGCUGAGGAUGCACAUAGAUAUUCCCAGAGCUCAGCUUCUGAUUGAAGAGAGGGACACAAUGGAGACCAUUGAUGACAGAUCAACAGUGUUAUUAACUGAUGCUGAUUUUGGAGAGACAUCUAAACAGAAGUCAUUGACAGUUACUCAUACAGUACAUUACCAGUCUGUCUCACAAGCUACUGGACCAUUGGUUGAUGUUUCUGAUGCCCGGCCAGGAACAAACCCUACUACAAGAAGGAAUGCAAAAACUGGGCCCACAGCUCGCAACAGGUACGCUAGUCAAUGGACUCUCAACAGACCCCAUCCCACUAUAUCAGCCCACACCCUCACCACAGAUUGGAGGCUGCCAACACCCAGAGCUGCAGGAUCAGUAGACAAGGAAAGUGACAGCUACAGUGUCAGCCCCUCACAGGAUACAGAUCGAGCAAGAAGCAGCAUGGUCUCCACAGAAAGUGCCUCCUCUACGUACGAAGAGCUAGCGAGAGCAUAUGAACAUGCUAAGAUGGAAGAGCAGCUGAGACAUGCCAAGUUCACAAUUACAGAAUGCUUUAUAUCAGACACAUCAUCGGAGCAGCUAACGGCAGGGACUAAUGAGUACACAGACAGUCUGACCUCAAGCACACCAUCAGAAUCGGGGAUCUGCAGAUUUACUGCUUCACCCCCCAAACCUCAGGACGGAGGGCGUGUGAUGAACAUGGCAGUUCCAAAGGCACAUCGGCCAGGUGACCUCAUGCAUUUGCCACCGUAUCUUAGAAUGGACUUUUUGUUGAACCGAGGAGUUUCAGGCACAAGCAGAGACCUGGGUUUGGGCCAAGCCUGCUUGGAACCUCAGAAAAGCCGAACCUUGAAGCGUCCCACAGUUCUGGAGCCGAUACCUAUGGAAACAUCCUCCACGAGAGAAGUACAGUCAUGGCAACCUGGUGCCGUGGCAACAUUACCUCAGCGAGAAGGGGCUGAGCUAGGACAGGCAGCUAAAAUGAGCAGCUCCCAAGAAUCCCUGCUGGACUCCCGGGGCCACUUGAAAGGAAACAAUCCCUACGCAAAAUCUUACACCCUGGUAUAACAA